UCCUGCCGCCGGACGCCUCCUUCCCCACACCAACCUCGCCUCCGCCCGGGUGCUACUUAAGUCCCCGCGGGACCCGGCGCGCGGCCGAGGCUGCGGCGGGCACGCGCUCUUCCACGCCGGCUCCUUGGCCAAUCAGCGCGGAGCCCGAGGCGCCGCCGCGCGCGAGCCGAAGCCCGGGCGGCUCCUCCCGCGGAGAGCCGAACCGGACCGAGCCGAGCCGAGCCAAGCCGAGCCGGGGGCGCAGAGCGCGGGAGGCGGCGGCGCGGAGCCCAGAUUCUCUUCUACCAGAGUGGCCCUCAAAUCUCUGCCAGUACCCACUGUUCUCCCAGCACCUCGAGAGAGCCUUCUUGAUUAGCACACAGCUGCCAUCACCUUUGUGGAUGCACUGACUUAGCUCCAGCUGUGCCUGGGACAUUUGUCAAGACACGUGAGCCAAAGCCAAAGCUCUGUCCCAGCCAUGGCGAAGGCAGCUGUGCUGCUGAUGGAAGUGCUCCGGUCUAGCGGAUGAAGUUGGUACACACACCAUGUCAUCAUGUGUCUCUAGCCAGCCCACCAGCGACCGGGCGGCCCCCCAGAAUGAGCUGGGAAGUGGGGGUGGCAGCCGGGAAAGCCAGAAGCCCUGCGAGGCCCUGCGGGGACUCUCAUCCUUGAGCAUCCACUUGGGCAUGGAAUCCUUCAUUGUGGUCACAGAGUGUGAGCCAGGCCAGGGUGUGGACCUCAGCCUGGCCCGGGACCAGCCUCUAGAGGCUGAUGACCAGGAACUGCCCCUUGAUGCCUCAGAAUCCGAGGCACGGCCCCUACUUUCUGGUCGUAAGAUGUCCCUGCAGGAGCCAUCCCAGGCUGGGCCUGCAUCCGGCAGCAGCCUGGACAUGAAUGGACGCUGCAUCUGCCCAUCCCUGUCCUACUCGCCAUCCAGUUCCCCACAGACCUCCCCGCGGAUGCCCCGGCGGCCCACGGUGGAGUCACACCACGUCUCCAUCACAGGUUUGCAGGACUGCGUGCAGCUGAAUCAGUAUACACUGAAGGAUGAAAUUGGAAAGGGCUCUUAUGGUGUGGUCAAGCUGGCUUACAAUGAAAAUGACAGUACGUACUAUGCGAUGAAAGUGCUGUCCAAAAAGAAGCUGAUCCGGCAGGCCGGCUUUCCACGUCGCCCCCCACCCCGAGGGACUCGCCCAGCUCCAGGGGGCUGCAUCCAGCCCAGGGGCCCCAUCGAGCAGGUGUACCAGGAGAUCGCCAUCCUCAAGAAGCUGGACCACCCCAACGUAGUGAAGCUGGUGGAGGUCCUGGAUGACCCCAACGAGGACCAUCUGUACAUGGUGUUUGAAUUGGUCAACCAAGGGCCUGUGAUGGAAGUGCCCACUCUCAAGCCACUGUCUGAAGACCAGGCCCGGUUCUACUUCCAGGAUCUGAUCAAAGGCAUUGAGUACUUACACUACCAGAAAAUCAUCCACCGUGACAUCAAACCUUCCAACCUCCUGGUGGGAGAGGAUGGGCACAUCAAGAUAGCUGACUUCGGUGUGAGCAAUGAGUUCAAGGGCAGCGAUGCCUUGCUGUCCAACACCGUGGGCACACCUGCCUUCAUGGCACCUGAGUCGCUCUCAGAGACCCGCAAGAUCUUCUCUGGGAAGGCCCUGGAUGUUUGGGCCAUGGGUGUGACUCUGUACUGCUUUGUCUUUGGCCAGUGCCCGUUCAUGGAUGAGCGGAUCAUGUGUUUGCACAGUAAGAUCAAGAGCCAGGCCCUGGAGUUUCCAGACCAGCCUGAUAUAGCUGAAGACUUGAAAGAUCUGAUCACCCGAAUGCUGGACAAGAACCCAGAGUCCAGGAUUGUGGUGCCCGAGAUCAAGCUGCACCCUUGGGUCACGAGGCACGGGGCCGAACCAUUGCCAUCGGAGGACGAGAACUGCACACUGGUCGAGGUGACCGAAGAGGAGGUCGAGAAUUCAGUCAAACACAUUCCCAGCCUGGCGACUGUGAUCCUAGUGAAGACCAUGAUUCGGAAACGCUCUUUCGGGAACCCAUUUGAGGGCAGCCGGCGGGAGGAACGUUCCUUGUCAGCACCUGGAAACCUGCUCACCAAAAAACCAACCAGGGAAUGGGAGCCCUUGUCUGAGCCCAAGGAAACAAGGCAGCGAAGACAGCCUACGGGGCCCCGAGCCAGCCCCUGUGGGGGAGGAGGAAGUACUCUUGUGAAAGGUGGUCCCUGCGUGGAAAGUUGGGGAGCUUUGGCCCCCGGCUCCCCACCACACAUGCCUCCACUGCAGCCUGAGGAGGCGGCGAUGGAGCUGGAGUAACUGCCUGGAUCACCCGACCUCGCAUGCCUGGCUGUGUGGCCCUGCACGGGUCUGCUGCACCCUGCGUUUCCAUAGCAGCAUGUCCUACGGAAACCAAGCACGUGUGUAGAGCCUUGACUGUCAUCUCUGGUUAUCCGGGUUGUUUGUUUGUUUGGGAAUUUUUGGGGUGUGCGUGUGUGCGUGUGUGUUUGUGUGUGUAUGUGGUUUUUCUUUUUUUUUUUCCUUUGUUGUCUAAGGGGACAAAGAAAAAAAAAAGGACAUGACUCCAUGACGUCGACUUUGGCUGCUGGCUGGCCGGACCGGCGGGUGAGGAGUUGCAAACCCAGACCAACAUGCAUUUGGGGACAAUUGCUUUUUAAAACAUUUUAUGCCAUAACAAAAACCCUUCAUUGUUAAUUCAGAACCAUGUCGGAUGUACCAAGUGAAUGUGUGUGGGGUUUGAGCUGCGUGGAGAAUCAGGUGGAGAAACUCCUGCUGGCUGGGGCGGCACUUGAGGGAAUGGAAGGUUCAGCGAGACCCUUCCAGGACUAUGGAAGAACAGGGCUAGCCCUCAGGAGCUGCGGGGAACUUCAGUGUAAUUUAUUUGUAAUGGAGACUUAAGUUUUUUUUUUUUUUUUAAUGGGUAAAAUUCUAGUCAGGAAAGCUAAAAGGGCUUGCAGUUGAAGUACUCGAGGGGGCUCUGCGACCCUGAAAGAGCACUCGGCAGCUGUGAUGGCAAAGGCUUCAUGUUAGCUGCUCACGGUGCAUUUCUGAGGUCAUCAGCUAAGCUCAUUUUCUCUAUAAAUUGGCAAAGACCUCGGUGAAAGCCUGCACUUUCGUGUACGUUACAUGGCUUAGACUCAGCAGAUGUUCCCACGUCUCUAGCCUGGACUCUGGAGACAUCCACAAGGUACAUAUUGGAGCUUCCAGGGUCUGUCAUCUUCCGCCACGCCAUUGUGUGAUGGGGAUUGAGCGUCAAUGAAACCUGUGCCUGUAUAUUAGCGGCUUUGCUUGUUUGUUACCUGUGUGUUCUAGAGACUGUAAGGUUUCUUCCGUCUUAAAUACUGUCUGGUUGAUACAGUCAAGGAAACAUCACUUUCCUGUGGGCAGUGCUGUCACUCAGCUUAGGCACAAAUGGCUGUCCUUAGGAUCAGAGCUUUAGUGUGACCCACACAGUGACAUCGGGGUGCCAUUGUACAGAAAAGCGUCAAAACCCAGAAUGUUCCUCAGGGCAAAGGACCUUCUUUUUUUUCCUUGGUAGCCAGAGGCCUAGAGAGUAAACGUGGACCUUCUUGACUUCCAGCCAAUAUUGGAAGUUUGAUAAAGGUUUAGGUGAGUACCCAGGGCUGCAGAAGAAGACAUGAAAUUUAAAGCGCCUUCCAGACUCUGCUUUUCUUUUUUUUUUUUUAAAUGAUUUUAUUUAUUAUGUAUACAACAGUCCAGACUCUGCUUUUCAUGUUUUGGAACGAUCUGGUAGUGAUUGUCUCGUCAGUAACCGGGCUCAGAAGACUGUUUUCUGGGAGUCUCCGCCUGGUGAGCCUCCGUGCAGGUCUUCUUGCAGAGGCGGGAGUGAGCCCAGGCGUUCCUGACGUCCAGAGGGUUUCUUAAGCUCUUGACUGUAGUUUUGCCAGGCCUUUCUUGCUGUCACAUAAGCAAUUAGAAUUAGAGCAAAGACUCCAAUGUGUGUGUGUGUGUGCGUGUGUGUGUGGGCUGACCCUCUCACCUGCUUGCAUUGUCUCUGUGACCAAGGACUUUCUAUCGGUUUCCCUCUUUUAAAUAUAAGGAGAACUAACCCAGUAGCUUUAACCCUUCUGGCCACAGAUGGGGUUCAGCUAGUUUGCAAUAAGUACCUUGUGGUAGUUAAAGCUGACAGGCCCUGAGGCUCAGUCCCAGCCUGUCUGCCUGGACUCUGGCUCGGCCUAGUGGCCCGCCUGGGAGGACAGGCACUGUGUGGAGCUCUGCAGAACUCUUCUUGUGUUUACACAGCCCUGCUGGACAGUGCCCUUUCUCCCCGCCAGGGAGCUUUCCAUCCGAGAUGUCGGAAGAGGGUUGCCAGCCAUCCAGGCAGCACCGGGGUUGAGAGGUUCACAUUGGGUAACUUUUUUCUUAAACACUGAAACACCAAAGAAAGCCGUGGAAAGGAGCGUCCCCCUCGCUCCCAUCCUGCCUCGCUGCCUGCCGUGGAAAGUGUGAGAAAGGUCUGGCCGUGACCGAGCAUUAGAGCACAAACAUUGUUUUCAAAAGCAUUGUCAGGCUGCCUCAGCAACUUUCGUGUGGGCAGAUACGAUGCCCACAGUUCCUUCUGUGCUGGUUCAUCCAUGAUUAAUAUAUAGGCAACCCUGGCCCGCACCUACGCCUUGAAGGAAGCACAAGUCCCCCCCCCCUUUUUUCUGUCUUUUCUGCCUCCCCAAUACAUCCCACAGGCUACCAGUGGCCCCCAGACACCUUAUAGAGCCCCUCAUCACUUAGGGCUACAGAGGCCAGCUCCCUACUGAUCUGGCCUUUCCAGGGACAGAGUUCUUGUCCCCGACCCUUUCUAGAAUGAGAAUAUCUGUACCAGUUGACACCAGGUUAGGCCCAUGCCCUCGCCCAUCUUCCCGAGGGCAUCUUUACAUUGCCAGUGCAGAGCCAGAGCCUCCAUUGCUCCCAAGGUGCUAGGGAAGAUUGCUGGUCCCCUCUUCUCCAGCUUCGUGAGCUGAGUGUCAUGGGACUUUGACCUUUUCCGUUAGGUGACUGAUGGCCUCUGCUUCUGUUUGAUUGCCCCGGACCCUCUCUACUAUGCAUUUCCUUUUAUUGGGUGUACAGAGUUAAAUACUGUGUAUUUAUCACUUACAAGUACAUGAUCUGAAGAAAAAAGAUAAGUUGUUUGCCCACAGGUGAUUAAGCUUCUCUGUAAACUUGAAAUAAACAGACAGCAAAAUGG